AUGGAUAGAAAGUCUGCUAGAAUAAAAGCAGAGUUACAAAGAUAUGGUUGGAGAGUUUCGAAGAAUUUUAAAUAUAGGAAGGGAAGACCCAUAAAAGUCUAUGACAAAUUGUCUGGUCUUCGCUACGAAAUGGAUUUGGAAACAGCACGUGCCAAUUAUCCAAACAGACUAGAGAGGUUAGAAGAAGAACGUCUUAUGGACAUGCCUUUCGAUGUUAGUGAACCUCAAGUUGAAGGACACGACGGCUUUGCCAGAUUCUACUGGAAACAUGACGAACAAUUGCAUCCUUUGAGAAGGAAAAAAGGAAAAGGUGAAGACGCACAUGCUCCCAUGGAAAGAACAAGAUAUGCAUAUGAAAAGUAUCGUGAAGUUAGAAGUCAAAUUACAUCUGGUCGAACCUUUACAGUAAACUUUGACGAAGGAAAGAACAAAGAAGGCUUCAUGGGAGUACUUGCUGCAAUUCAAGACGGAAAUAAGAAAGGACACAAUCUCAGAUUGACCAUAACAGAUUUGGAUGGUCACAUUUACUAUGCACAUGGCAAUGAACAAACAGCCGCAAAACUUCUUGACGCUUUCAAGACUACAAAGAGAGAACAAAUGGUUGACUCCGACUCAGACAUUUUGAAUGCAAUUGAAGGAAUUGCAAGUGUCAAGUUCGAAUGGUACCAACCUAACCCUCAAGCAGUCAGACAACAUGCUGGAUACUUCCCCUUCAUAAAUAAGUCUGACAUUGACUUGACAAGGUAUGGAAUUUACAAUUCAAUUGAAACAAUUGUCAAUGAACCUUGCAUUCUUACAUGUCUCAGGAACUCUGGUCUUGUUACAGAUGAGAAGAUGAAGUAUCUUGAGUCAUGUGUGAAGACAAGGUACAUUCUCAGAGGUCAAUUGGCAAAAAUUGCACCGUUGGCAAAUGUCAAUAUCCGAGUCAACAUACCUACAGCUAAAGGUUCUUCACAUGACGACUAUGUUGUUGACAAAGACUUACCAUGGUUGAAGAUUGUAAUUGUCCACAACCACUUCAUGUUGA